UCGGACUUGUAUCAAUACUCUAGGUGACGCUGUUACCCAAGAUCUCCAGCUUCCGCGAUCCCGAACAUUGAUGUUCUGCACGUAAAGUGCUGUGUGGGUGUGAACAUUGCGAGGCUCAGCCGCUAUCAUCACUGCGGAAGAGCAGUUCUACAUUUCACUGGAAAGGAAGGAUGGAACAAGCCUCGAAUAAUCAGGAGGUGCUCGACUCAGAUGAGUACUUACACACCCCCAUUUCCUCUACCAUGGUCGUUGAACAGACGGACAGCGAAGCUUGUGACGAGGACCAACUCACCGGAACAAAAGACGGGUUGAUGUGUCAUGAGAGACACGCAGAUCGACAAGAUAUUGGUACUCCAGAGACGCAAAGACAUGUCAACAGUGGUACCAAACGCUUGCGAUUCGUCGCAAAGCAGAAAUAUCAUCGUUGUCGUCAAUGCAAGAAAAGGUUUAUGCUCCAGACGGAAUUGAAAAGGCAUACAAAACGUGCGAUCAUACUCCCCAACGGAGACAAGAAGUGCCCCGGGGAACCAGAUCCUCCUAGGUCAUCGACAAUAUUAUCACCUGAUCCAUCCGUGACAAUGUCAGAAGAAAGUAACAAGAGCCUCACCAACCAUAUGGCGGAACAGAGCCAUACGGAAACCGAGAGUGACAGUGAUGGAAACGAAUUCGGUAGUUAUGUUGCUACACAAGCUGAAACCUUCAACCCCAGCAGCUUCUCAAGCAGGGAGUUACCUUUUGCCAUGAGUUUCCUUGAUAAAGGCAAAUAUAGUCUUGGAAGUCCUCGGACCUUUACAACCGCUCGUUCAAGUCUUGCAAGCUACAACACAGCACCGAGUGGCUCGCAUCGAACUUGGGCACUUCGAACGUUACGCAGGGAUGCAAUCGAAUGGAGUCUCAGCCACAGCGACAUUGAUAGCCUCGCUGCGGAUAAAUCAGACGAAGAACUCUUUGAGUUAUUCAUCGUCUCAGUAGUUCACGAUAUUCGCAACUGCACAUCUGAGUCCGCCUGGUUUCCUGCGUAUGGCGAAUCUGACAUUCGCAAGCAACUACUCCCUUUAAUACAGCGUUGGCCUCUAAGCGACCCAAGAGCUAUCACCUCUCUCGAAAUACCGUUAGAUGCAGUGAUGAAAGAGGUCUAUAAUUUCUCAGUCGGAAAAUCGAUACAAAGACCUAGCAUUGCAAAUUUGGCAGAUCUCAGAAAUAACAUAGCUCGCCACAUUUAUGGAUUUGCUUCUAUCAUGCCAUAUCUUCGAGAUUUUGUUCCUCAAACUUACUUGACACAACAUCAACAGGAUCAAGUCAAGUUGCAAGAUAGUCAAGUGUUCAGCAGCGAAUGGUUAGACUACUUGAGAUCGCGAGGCAUAAUCCUAGGCCCUUUGGAUGCACUCGACUGGUCCGGCCGUGGGCAGCAUGUCGAAUACACACCAGAAGACGAAAAGCUUAUACCACUCAAAGCGGAGAAAAUCUUAGGGUAUAGCUCAUCUGCGGUUGUUGAGAGCGUAAGAUGUCGAAGGAUCAUACUUGCGCGCAAAAAGAUCCGAUGCAUCGGACGUUUGAAAAAAAAAGACGCUAUCACAGAGGUUGAGCAUCUGCAGCGACUGCAACACCGACAUAUCGUUCGAGUAGUGGGCACAUAUACACUUAAGAGAGACCUCGCUAUCCUACUGUACCCAGCGACUCCAUGGAACCUCGAUGGGUUUUUGGACGAGUUGCUCGAGUGUGGAAAACCAUUAUCCGAUUGUGAUGCUCAUUCAUUGUCCACAUUCAUUGGUUGCCUUUCGAACGCAAUUCACUUCAUACAUGGAGAAAACGUCAAGCAUAUGGAUAUCAAGCCUAUGAAUUUGCUGGUUCGUCAAAUCGGAGAUAAACACCGGAUAUAUAUUGCAGACUUUGGAAUCGCCCGCGCAUACAAGUCUGCUGAGGAGUCUUACACCAAUUCACCAACAUCCUUUACGAGGACAUAUGCUGCUCCAGAAGUCGUGUUGCAAGAAACGAGAGGUUUCCCUGCUGACAUAUUUUCUCUUGGAUGUGUCUUCAUGGAGAUCUUAGCCACCUUAGUGUCGACAGCAGAAUGUAACGAACGAGAACGGCUGCUUCAAAUUCGCAGUGGUGGGACAGAUAACUCUUACUACGUCAACCUGGAAACUGUGCUUCAAUGGCAUCAAGGGCUGUUGAAUCAAACCGCCUCUGAUCGCGGGGAAUACGAAGGCAGGUUUGUGCGGUGGAUGAGGUUCAACAGGAGCUGUCCUUUGUUGGCAUCUGCUAUGAUGCACCAGAUGCCUGACAAACGUCCGUCAGCGACACAGUUGAAGAAACAUACCCAAGCACUCUGUUGUGGGAGUUGUGACAACGGGCCUGAGCCGUUCGAGGCUGCCGAAACGACACCAUGCUAGUCUACUUGUACGCAAAUGUGACAACCAUAGUGCAUAAGCUUCAAGCGCUCUCUAAGAACAACGUAAUAUAGACAAUGCCUAUCGACGGGUUGCCCGGAUUGACAUAUUGAUCAAGGUGUGACGUCUGCCAACAAGACCUCAUUGCUCUGCUAGCGGUGUUAGACAAUUACACCUUCUUUGCUGUCGCAGCCCCAAACAUGGUCUUGAGUUCCUCACACACCGCAUUUGUUACCUCUU